GUGCGUCACACGCACACCCUGGUUCGUCUCCUUCCCCUCAUUGCCGUGAAAAGAAGAAAAGAGAGUGACUGAAAUCCCUCUCCCUGAAAUCUCUCCCUCUGAAAUCUCCCUGCCUCUCUCUGAGCCAUUGAUUCCUUCCAUCAAUGGCAGAUCCCGAUUCCCAAGAAAUGGAAGAACUGACUCCCAAACAGAAGAAAGACAUCGCCAAAUGGUUCCUUACCAACGCCCCUCCCGGAGAAAUCCAAUACAUUUCCAAAGACAUCAGAUCGGUUAUAUCGGAUGAAGACGUUUACAAGGCAGCGGUUUCAGAAGCAUUCCCUUCCUACAACAAAACCCACAUGAUCUCUCUUGAACUCCCUAACAGAACUGGCGAUGUGCUCGUUACAACAUUUGGGGAACUUAGUGACACUGAAUAUCUUGAUCCCAGGACUUGUCAAGUUGCCACCGUCGACCAUGUCAAGCAAGUUUGUACAGAGGUGAGACCUGCUACUAAUGAAGAGCUUCCAUCCUCUUAUAUUGAGGACUUUCGAGGUGCUUUGGAUGCUGAACUUUUCAAAUAUGUUGGCGAAACUUACCCAAAAGGAGUUUGUUCAGUUUAUUGCAUCAAUGGGAAAGAUGCAGAAGAAGCAGGGACCAACUUUGAGCUUGCAGUGGUGAUUUCUGCAGCUAGACAUAGCCCUCAGAAUUUCUGCAAUGGAAGUUGGCGCUCUGUCUGGAAUAUUGAAUUUAAGGAUGAUGUGCAACUAGUGGAGCUAAGAGGCAAAAUGCAGGUAGAUGCCCACUAUUUUGAGGAAGGAAAUGUGCAGUUGGAUGCAAAGAAUGAGUGCGUGGACUCCACCAUCUUUCAGUCAGCUGAAGAUUGUGCAACUUCUAUAACAGCAAUGAUCCGCCACCACGAAAAUGAGUACAUGGCAUCUCUUGAGGUGUCCUACUUGAAUUUGCCCGACACCACUUUCAAGGACCUUCGGAGGAAGCUUCCAGUCACCCGAACUCUAUUCCCGUGGCAUAAUACUCUGCAAGUCAGCCUGAAUAGGGACCUUGUGAAAGGAAUUGGAAAUGGGAAGGAAACCACCUAACGUGUGGUAAACCUUGCAACGUGUCUGUUUGGAGUAUUGGGCUUGUCUGCCAUUUUACUUCCGUGGCUCUUUGAAUCCCAUUGGAGCACGGAUCUUCCUCAUCCGGUUUGCUGAAUCAUCAACUUUCUGUGAAUGUCUGAAAGUGUUGUGGAUUGCAUCUGGAAAUGCUUAUCAUCAUUGUAUUCAUCAUAUGGUAAUUUUAGUCAUUUGGAUGGUAAUUGAUGUAAAAAGCCUAUGUAUUUUUUCAUUUCUUCUUGAAGUGGUGAAAUGUUUUGACUGA